AUGUCAGCGCCUACUAUGCGAACGACCAUGCUUCUUACUGAGCACCUGGGCUACCCCCCGAUCUCUUUGAUUGAUGACAUUAUCAAUGCUGUCAAUGAGAUCAUGUACAAAUGCACACAGGCGAUGGAGAAAUACCUCCUGGAACGUAGCACAGUCGAUCGUAAAGACUACACAGAGGAACUGAGGGUUGGAAUAGCUAAGUUGGAGACAUUGUGGGAAAACUCGGUUGAUAGAAGCUUUGACAAGCUGGAAUUAUACGUAUUAAGGAACGUUCUUCACGUACCGAAAGAGCUCAUCGAAAGUGGGAGUUUCCGUCUCAAGCAUCAAGAAGAACUGAUUUUGCAGGAUACUAGUCAUACCAACGCACUUUUACGCGAAAUCGAGGUAAAAAGGGAAAUAUUUGCAGAUGCUGUAGCUAAAAGCAUCGCGCUUCGACGCCAAAUAAAAGAAGCGAAAAAGCUGCAAAGACAAUUGGCAAAAUUAGCGAAAUUUGUGCAGAAAGCGCUGGCGCUCAAAGAUUCAAACGAUACAGAACUGGUUUCCAUUUUCAAUUCCCUUAAACCAAUGGAUCAGAGCCUUCAAUUGCUGUUUGCGCAAAUGCGCAGCUUGUACCUUGAAUCGGAAGAAACAUGCUCUCGGGAACGCAUACAAAACGUCAUUGCCGAUCAUGAGAGUAUACAAGGUGACUAUCAAUCUCGCGCCUCCUACCUAAGCUCCCGUUCACAAGAAAUUUUGAAUUCGAUUGCUCCAGAACAGAAACCAGAUAGUGAUGAGGAAAUCAUAAGGCCACUGAAAACAUCUACAACUGCAGGGCAAGCCCCGGAACCAGCACAAGAACCAAACAUAGAUCAUCCUGACUUAUCGGCCAUGGCCCAGACUUUGGUGUAA